AUGUCCCGGCGCAUGCAGCGUCGGCGUGACUCCAGCGGUGAGGGCAGCAGCGGCAGCGACAGUGAAGCAAGCACAGCUUUGUUCAGCCCUUCCAGCGCUUCUGGUUCCGAUGCGAACUCCAACACAGGCUCCGACACGGAUCUGACGUCGCCCUAUCUCUCUGACCGGUCUGACGAUAAAGGCGCGCCUUCUAAGAAAACCGGGAAAUCAACAAAAGCGGUUCGACGGCCUGUGUGCGGCGACGGCGUAUCGCGCAGGAGGGCCGUAAGACCAGCUCGCACCGUGCAUAGAGAGCGAGCACCCGGCAACAGGGCACCACGCAAGCCACCCACCGAGCCUGGGUCCGACACAGAAUCAGAGGACCCGGACGACAACACAGACGACGAGCUGUCGUCUAACGACGGUGACGGCUAUGCGGACUCCACCAUUAAGCAGAUCAAACGAGCAGAGGGCAUGUAG